UUCUUUGUUCUCAUUUGUGGAGUGGAGAACACAACACAACGCCACCUCUCUCUUUCUUUUCUUCUCUCUUUUUCCUCUAUCACUCUCUUUUCCUUUUAUUAUUAAAUAAUAAUAAUGCUAUUAAAUUAAUUAUUAUUAUAAUAUAACAAUUGUCAUUAUAACUGUUAUUAUUAUUAUUGUAGUAGUUGUUUUUCUCGUUGAGGGUGAAGGUUGAUCUCGGGGAGUUUGAUCAGUGAGUUAACGAAACGUGGGGCUGUGAGUUUUGACUGUGACAGCCCGGUGAUGAUUCUGAUUCUAAUUCUAAUCUGAUAUACUAUAUGCCGCGUCAAUGGAAUUCGAUACCAUCCCUCAAGAAGCAAUGUGGCAAAUGAACUUGAGAUCAAGUGAAACAAUGGAAUCAGGACCUUAUCCUGAGCAUCCAGGAGAACCAGAUUGUUCAUAUUACAUCAGAACUGGUCUUUGUAGAUUUGGAGCGACAUGUCGAUUUAAUCAUCCUCCUAACAGGAAGCUGGCUAUUGCCACUGCACGGAUGAAAGGCGAGUUCCCAGAGAGGUUAGGGCAGCCAGAAUGUCAGUACUAUCUGAAAACAGGUACUUGCAAAUUUGGUGCCACGUGCAGGUUUCAUCAUCCUAAAGACAAGGCUGGGGUUGCUGGAAGAGUUGCCUUGAACAUUUUAGGCUAUCCACUCCGCCCAAAUGAGUCUGAAUGUGCUUAUUAUUUAAGAACUGGUCAAUGCAAGUUUGGGAACACUUGCAAAUUUCAUCAUCCUCAACCAAGUAAUAUGGUACUAUCAAUGAGGGGUUCGACUGUUUAUCCUACUGUCCAAUCUCCAACUACACCUGGUCAGCAGUCAUAUGCGGCAGGAAUUACAAAUUGGUCUAGUUCAUCCUAUGUUCCUAGUCCAAGGUGGCAAGGUCCUUCAAGUUAUGCACCCUUAAUUCUACCUCAAGGAGUGGUUUCAGUGCCUGGGUGGAAUACAUACAGUGGUCAAAUGGGAUCAGACAGUCCACAACAAACAAUAAGAAAUGAUCAAACCUAUGGAACUUCUCACCAAGGUGAAUUAGAAAAUGCAGGACUCCAAGGGGCAUAUUCUCAAUACCGUUCUGGCUCUGUUCCAGUAGGAUUCUAUGCUUUGCAAAGGGAUAACAUUUUUCCAGAGAGACCUGAUCAGCCAGAAUGCCAAUUCUACAUGAAGACCGGAGAUUGCAAGUUCGGUGCAGUUUGUCGUUUUCACCAUCCAAGAGAGAGGCAGAUCCCUGCCCCGGAUUGUGUUUUGAGUCCCAUUGGCCUUCCUUUGCGUCCUGGAGAACCUCUGUGUGUAUUUUAUUCACGGUAUGGCAUAUGCAAAUUUGGCCCAAGUUGCAAGUUUGAUCACCCAAUGGGAAUUUUCGCCUAUAAUGUAGCUGCAUCACCUUUAGCUGAUGUCCCAGGCAGGCGUCUGUUAGGCUCUUCAUCUGGAACUGCUGCAUUAAGUUUAUCAUCAGAAGGACUUGUUGAGUCGGGGACAGCAAACCCAAGGAGGCUUUCAUUGUCAGAAACUAGACCGAUUCCUUCCGGUGAUGAUAACAUUGAUGACGAGGGAUAAUGUUCUCUUGGAAAUGGGUUAUCUGCUUUUUACAAUUUUUUUCUCAGGGGAGAAAGAGUAAUCUGUGAAUUGAUUUCCCCAUUGCUGGAGGUGUACAGAGUGCCGAUCACAUAGCUCAUGUCAAAAUGAUUCUGUCAAUCUACUAUUGAAUGCAGUUGACGAAUCCAGUCGUUCUGGAUUUCAUGCUGCCACAUUGUAUAAAUUCAUAAGUAUUUGUCACAUUUGGUCAAAACCAAAUGUGAACAUUUCUUCUGUUCUUAAGCCAAUCUAUCUAUUUAAAAUAUUCUCCAUUGUAAAAAUAUCUUUCUGGAAAUCUAUAUUAAUAAAUAUUUGGCUUCAGUGUGAA